AUGGCGUUAUCGCUGGAAGACUUUGUCCGGUCCCUUGACCUCAGGACCCUGCCCAGGGUCCUAGAGAUCCAGUCUGGCAUCUACUUUGAAGGUUCUAUUUAUGAAAUGUCUGGAAAUGAAUGCUGUUUUGCAACAGGAGAAGUGAUUAAAAUCACUGGUCUCAAAAUUAAGAAAAUCAUCGCUGAAAUUUGUGACAAUAUUGGAAGUAGUGAGUCUCCACGACCAUUUGAAUUGCCCAUGGAUUUUCCAGGUCUCUUUAAGAUAGUGGCUGAUAAAACUCCCUACCUCACUAUGGAGGAAAUAACAAGAACAACCCAGAUUGGACCCAGUAGACUUGGGCAUCCUUGCUUCUACCAUCAGAAGGAUGUGAAACUGGAGAAUCUCACCAUAAAGCAGGGUGAGCAAAUCAUGCUCAACUCAGUUGAAGACAUCAAUGGAGAAUUAGUGGUAAACUGCAUCAUAGAAAGGAACCACCAAGAUCACUCAUUCACUUUGCCUGUGACACAAGAGGGAGAAUUCUAUGAAUGUGAAGAUGACCAUAUUUAUACAUUAAAGGAGAUCGUUGAAUGGAAGAUCCCCAAGAACAGAACCCGAACUGUGAAACUUACAGAUUUUGUUAAUAAGUGGGAUUCAACAAAUCCAUUCCCUAAAGACUUUUAUGGUGCUUUGGUUCUCAAGCCUAUUUAUGAAAUCCAAGGUUUGAUGAAAUUUCAGAAGAAUAUCGUCCGCAUUCUCCCCAGUUUAGAUGUUGAAGUCAAAGACAUCACUGACUCCUGCGAUGCUAGCUGGUUUCUUCAGCUGUUAUCUGCAAAAGAUCUCCUUGAGAUGACUGGGAAAGAGUUUCCCAUAGUAGUUGAAGUCAUAGAAGCACCUAAAGGAAACCAGCUGCCCCGAAAUAUUUUACAGCCUGGGAAAAUCAUUGUGAUCCAUCAGAAGUAUCAGGCAUCAAGGAUCUUAGCCUCGGAAAUUAGAAGCAACUUUCCUAGAAGACAUUUCUUAAUUCCCAGUAGCUACAAAGGCAAAUUCAAGCGGCGGCCUCGGGAGUUCCCAACCGCCUAUGACCUAGAGCUAGCUCAGAGCAAGAAGGAGUCCCUCCAUGUCGUGACCACCAAGGCCUUUCAGUCCCCUCAUGAGGAGCUGUCCUCUGUGUCUGUUGGGGACCAGUUUCUAGUGCAUCACUCAGAGACUGCUGAAGUCCUCUGUGAGGGAAGAAAGACAGUGGUGAACAUUCUGGCCUGUAAAAAAAUCCUCAGAAAGUCCUAUGAGGCAGCAUGGCUUCCUUUAUACUUGGAAGGAGGUUUUGUAGAGGUGAUUCAUGACAAGAAGCAGUACCAAAUCGCUGAGCUCUUGAAGCAGUUCCGCUUGCCAUUCAACGUGAAGGUGUCUGUAAGAGAUCUAUCCAUUGAAGAGGACAUUUUGGCUGUGACCCCAGGACUGCAGCUGGAGGAAGAUAUCACAGACUCUUACCUACUCAUAAGUGAUGUUACCAACCCCGAGGAAUGUUGGGAGAUUCCCAUCAGCCGCUGGAACAUGACUUUUCAGCCGGUUGGUAAUUUCUCCAGGGGCACAGGCUCACACACCAUCAGGGCUCUGGUAGAAGAGAUUUCGGAAGAACAGUAUUACAUGAUGCGCAGAUACGAAAGCUCUGUCUCACAACCCCCUCCUCUUCCUCCCAAACAUCCCCCAGUGAAGGAAAACAAGUCAACCCUGCUCACCGUAUCAGAAGAAAGUGCAGCAGACCCACCUACAUCCCCCAAGAGUCAUCCCGUAGACACAGCCAAGAACCCUGCCUCCCAGCCAGCUGGCCCAGGUUCAAGAGCCCCAGUUGGCUGUCAGAACGAUUUGGUGAAAGACAAGAGCAAGUGUGGAGCCCUGCCGUUGCGGGCACCCAUAAGUGUACAAAAAUGAAAAACAUCAAAAAUACCAAGAUGUGAUGGAAUCCACACAGGCAGUGAAC